GCCUGCUUAUUCCACUUCCGCUAUGUAGGGAAGAGAAGCAUUGCCAGGGUUCAGGAUGUCUGGACAUGUAAGCAUUUUGGAGCAGCAGACAGAAAAUCUCAAACAAUGCCGGCUCUGCGGAGCAGGGCAGGAGCCUCGCGUCUUCAACAUCUUAGUAGCUUAGAGAGUUCCUUCACGCUCAACCAUAGUACAGGUGUCACAGAAGCAGACAUUUUACAUCAGGCAUUGCUGGAGGGAAAUUGCAGCACUGAAGUUUCUUUAACGGUCCUGGACACCAUCUCCUUCUUCACUCAG